CCUAAAAAAGACCAUACACCACUUCUCUGACCAAUAAGAAGAAGUAUGAUGAAGAGACAAUUAGUGCUCGUGAUUAUCUUAGUUGUUAUUUUCUUUGCUGUCUUGGACGUUACGCGAGUUGAAGCCAUGAGGCCUUUCCCGGAGGCCGUCGAUGAGAUCAGCCUAUUGUUGUUUCAAGCGCUGCAAAGAGGUCCGGUCACUGGCUCUGGUCGGAACGGUUGCACCAAUAUUCCUGGCGGUUCCGGAAGGUGCCGCCGCGGCUAAAGCUUCAUA